AUGUCUGCCUUCACGGCUCUCAAUGUCGAACCCGAAGACACUCUCGAAGAGGAGAUUGACGACACCCGUGAGAUCCAGCUUGAAGAGGCCUUCAAACUCUAUCAAAAUGCGCUGAAACUUCAUUCUCAGGGUCCCGAGUACUUUCAAGAAGCCAAGGAUGCUUACGACGAACUACUGAGAUCCGAAGUCUUCAAAUACCCAGAUGUGGUCUCGGGCUUUCAACAUGACGAACUCGACGAUGAGGCGACGAUCGCCGCUGCGCAGGCAGACGCCGGUGCAAUCUCUCUGCUCCCGAGCAGUGCCGCCGAAUCCUCUGCAAGUUCGGUUCCUCAGCUUCUCUAUCUCGCCUUCAAGAACAGGGGUCAAUUUCUCCUGGAUGUUGCUCGCCACGAAGUCCCGAACCAGAGGGGCUCUCGCUCCGAGAUCUGUCAGUACUACGCCAAGUCCUGCAAGGAAAGCCUUGGACAGUUCGCACAAGCUCUUGAGCGCGAUGAUACCGAUCUCGACUCCUGGAAGAAGGCUGCCCGUGUGGCAGAUGUUCUGUCCACCCAGCGAAUAGCACGCUUCUGCUUGGAGAGCGUCCUGGCUGGUGAAGAUGAUGACGGCGAACAAACCAUCGACUUAUCGGGUCUUGACGAAGCCUUUGCAGCCGGUGAACUUGAGGAGGUAGUCGCCCUCGUACAAGAUGACCUGAGCCGUCUUCGAAGCUCAGACGCAAGACCCAAGGAGAGGCUUUUGACACUAUUGAAGACAUCAAAUGACCCUUACCCAUUCCUACCAAAGCACGCCACUGCUCUCGAAUACACUGAUGACAGGUAUCGCCCCUUGAGCUUCGCAGUAGGUCAACUGUCUCUACGGCCGGCCUCACCUGACCUUUAUUCUCUUGGCAAGGAGAUUUCCGAGACAUUGGAACGUCUUGAACAGGGUACAGCCAAUCUCAACAGUGCUACUACGAUAAGGAUAGAUCUGAGCACGACAGAUCACGAGGUCGAGAUGGCAGCGACGUCCGAGAAUGUGGGCAAUGAGGCCGACGUCCCCGGCUCUGGCCAAGACGAACUGACGCAGAGUCCUGGUCAACAUCCGGCUGAGACGGGAAUCAAGAUCGAGCAAUCACCCGGGAAGGAGUUGCCACAAGAGAACGACAAGACAGGGCUCUUGCCAGAUGGCGACACAACCGAGGUGCGACCUCUUGUUACAGCGCCAUCACGGAAACGGUCUACGACAAUUGCUGGUAACGAUGAAACUGAAGGCCGAGCAAAGAGUAAAAGAUUGCGAGCGAGAGAAUCACUGGCUGAUCCGACUGCUCAAGAAGAUGAAGCGUCGCACGAAGAUCCCCAGUACUUCUUAGACCAACUCGCUGUCUUCGAGCAGGCGGAUCAAGCCACAUUCGACAUAACAAAUUCCCUUCUAACCAAGCUGGGGUUGAAGCUAUACUUUUCAACAGAGCAAGCUAAGCAAGCUUUCUGGACGGGUACCAGUGAGAAAGCGAAUGAAGAGGGCUUCGAAAGUUCCCUGGAAGACUUACAACUGUCUUCAGACCUCCGCUUGAUCUUGAUGAACUGGUCGGAUGAUAAGGGCCAAGCUAUCGUCAACGGGCAUGGGAACCAGGAUUUUGCUGAGAAAGCGACUGGCAUGUCUUUGUUUUUGCAACACCUUAAACCUGCCAUUCCGAAGGAGACAGAGCGCCCGAAGAGCUCCGACAAAUUUGUACUAGGCCGUCUAAUCACCUCAAUCAAUGCCGAACCAACAAAUAUCUACGGAGCAGCAAGUUCCUGGCUGUGCGCGGUUCUCACUAGCACGAACAGCGCGGGCGCACCAUGUCCAUCACUCUAUCUAGGAGAGAAAUGGACCGUCGAGGUGAAACACAUGGUAGGUGAGUUGGCGCGCACAAUGGAGGACUAUCUAUGGGGGCUUUUCCACCAGCGCCUCUCCUCCAUUUCCAACUCAAGCCAGGAGCAAGUUGAUGGCAUUGAUCCGGAGGUGCGUUCAUCUGUCGAGAUCGUUGAGACUCUUUUCGAGCUGUUUCUCGAUACGGCCGCCUCAGCCUCCGAUCUGGGCGGAGAUAUGGACCAUGCGGAGCAAGCCUGCCAUGCAGACCGCCUGAAGCGAUGGUCAAGUCUGGCGAGCGAGUUCAUGCAACUUUAUUCCUACUCCCCUGCUCCUGGCCUAAACGAUCCUCUAGUUCUUCGUUUCAUCUGGGCGUCAGUGGCCCAAGCAAGACUUGACGACAAUGUUGCCAAAGAACAUAUUGUCUCAAUGCUCGAAGACCUGAAAACUUUCUUGGAAAUGACAAACGCUGACCCGAUCUUUCUACCAAACAAUACUGCAAUGUCUGUUAUCUCUAUGGCCGCGAUUGAUCGAGAGUUAUCGGCUCUCAGUACGCGUGAUUUCUUCACGAGCGUCUUCGACGACGAUAACAGCGACCCCGUAUCAGUGAUCGAGAAAUUGGAACCUAUCUUAGAGUCAAAUUCUAAAACAGGAGAAGAGGCGGCGCUUUUCCAGCAUUCUGCCCAGGCAGAAGAGCUCAUCCAAUUUCUCGAGUCCGGCGACGCGGCGCUCAAAUUGUACCUGUGGAGACGCCUUCAAAACGCCUACACCGCGAUUUCUUAUACCCCCAAAAUUGUAUCUUGUCUUCUCCGAUCGAUCGAGACGAUUGUUGAGGAACUGUCCACUCCGCGGCAUCUCGAAACGGAACCAAACAUUCGACAGAUCUCAAUGCUCAAAUGGUUACAUGACGCGGACGAGAUGAUGAUCAGAUUGUUAGCCAAGGUCCUUACUGACUCGAACCCCUUUGAAUGCGUUGACGGGUCCCAUCUCCGUUCAUCGCUUGAUGCAGUCGCUAAGCUUGUCAAGCUCCUCCACGGAUUCGUCCUCUAUGAAGAUUCACUACGCGUUGGCCAAUCUACCGGGCCCCAACUCAAAGGCGCCACCUCAACAAAGCUGUACGAGAAGAGUAAGGACCGGUUCAGAGAAAUGAUCGUCCGCGCAUGGACUUUGCAAUAUACGCUGCUCAAGGAAGCGACUGUCCAAGAAUCUUCGUUGUAUCCGCGAGCGGCAGACGACCUGGCAGAAUAUCUCUGCAACGUACACAGUUCUUUCGGCCUCCGACAGUAUUGUAAAUAUGCCAAUAAGUCCUUUGUAAAGUUGGUCAAAUCCGAACUGGGAAAUCUUGCUACAGAACAGGACUAUACUAGCGAGAUUGCUCAAGUCUUUUUCGAUCUCUACCAACUCCGCUUUGCCACUGGUAUUGGAGAUGUCGACCACGGCUGUCCUCCGGAAAACCUGGACAAGAAGACGGCCUGGUCCUUGAUCCCGACGAUCAUGAAAUAUGCAGAACGUUUCAACGUCAAAGACCUGAACAAGAGCGAUCUCAAAGCAACAAUUGACAAAAUGCAGCAGGCUCUAGGAGUGGUGAAGAGUCCUCCAGCGCUACAGCAAAAUAAACGGAUCAUUUCUUCGUACCUCAAGUCAAUCAUCAAUGCAAAUGACUUGUACCAGUGCCUCAGAGGUAUCGGUGAUCUGCCUACCCGUGCUGUGCAAGCAGACACGCAGAUUGCGGCCAGCAGUGGCUGGUAUUUCAUGCUUGGACACCUUACGCUCUCGAAAUACAAGUCGAUAAAAAGAGUCAAUCCAACGCCAACCGACGACCUGGAUGUUGCUGCGAACUUCUUCCGUCAGGACUUGGAUCACAACAUUGAGAAAUGGGAAACUUGGUAUCGUUUGGCACAAGUCUAUGAGGCCAAGAUUGAAGACGACUUGAUCUGGAAUUCCACCAAACUCAAUGACUCCAGGACCGAUAUUGCCCUGCUCGAGCGCCAAGCGAUUCACAGCUACAUCAUGGCUGCUGCCGUAGCCAUGCGCUCCGCUGAUGACCGACCAGAAACUGUGGAGAAGAUUGAGGACAUGCUCACAGAGUUUGCCACCCGCUUAUAUGCUUCUUCUCGGCCUCCCCUGAGUAUGGAAGCAUUCCGGACCGACAAACACGUGCGUCACAUGAGCAGCAUCGUUGAUAUGACAAUGUCCAAGCAACCCUAUCAUCUGCCGGUCCGAGAAUAUCGCCUGUGGAAUUUCGCUGCCUAUCUUCUCGGAAAGAAGCUGACGGAUCGGCCCAAACCGUGGACAUCCCACUACACGCGCGCGAAGUGUCUGUGGAAGAUGUUUCGAAGCCCGGAGAAUCAUGAUCGGAUCUCCGCAGAAGCUGUCAUAGAGGCUAUUGUUGAGGCUAUUGAGGCUCUUCCUAAAAAGGAGAAGAAUCAUGAGCCGAUCUUGGAACCUCAUUUCAAGCUUGUAUCAACCGUUCACAAGAUGGUAAGAAGUCGAAAGAUCUCACAUACCGAAGCCUACCAGUAUCUGCAAGCAUCGCGAUAUGCGCAAGGGGUGUCUCUGCCCAAGGAUGAGGAAGGAGUCGACUGGGUGCCCUACAUGCUGGAAAUCUUGAAAAGGCUUGGGCAUGCUGACAAGUCCAAUUGGCACCAUCGAAUCAUCGACCGCGCCGCCCAUGUGAUCUUUGAUGAUGAACCGAAUUUCGCCGGUGCGCUUGGUGCUAAGCAUCAGUUCACGCAACAGAUAUUCACGAAAACCAUGACGAUGCAGGUUUGGAAGCCUGAAUUUGAGCGGCCGGGCCGUCAUUAUGUAUAUACUGGUCGAUACGUCUCCUUCUUCGUGCACAUUCUGGAGCAGCUCAACGACCGCGCAAACUUGGACGCGCUAGUCCGUCGCAUCCGGAGGAAGACCACCGAUUUCCUCGACCACACCAAGGUAUGGGAGGAGGUGGCCACGACCUAUGUGCGCCUGCUCAGACGACUGGGCAAAAUACCCGAAGGUCGAGAACGCGCAUUGUUCGACGGCAUGAACCAUGAAGAAUUCACCAAGAAAUCCGAGAUGAUGGAAAAAUGGGCCCAUGAUCCCGACACCACCUCAGUCUACCUGGACAUUAUGCGAGACGGCAUCGACUUGAAACGGCUUAAUAACAGUCUGAUGAAAGGACCCGUCAUUGACGACCUUAUAGGAGAUUCUUACGCUUGUCUUUACGAAGAGUUCAUCAAACAAUUGCCACCCGAAGAACAGACCAAGCCACAGCCUGCCGCGCUCCCCCAAGGGACCUUUAUCAAUAUGACGGCCGAGUUCGCUGCUAGUGGCGAGGAUGGAACCAACAUACUGCGCGCUCAAGGCGACGGAGCUGUUGACGGACCAUUGUCUGUGUCGAUCUCAGCGCCUGUAGGACUUGGACUCCAAAGUUCGUCCGCCCCUUUCCCUGUGGCGAGUGGCCAACCAAUACCCGAAGUUCAGCGCGAACGAGCCAGACCUGGGCGUACAAAGACAGUCACCCGCCGCGAAAUUCAGCGCAAGGCGGAGGCAGCCAUAGUGAAGCCACCACCGAUCAAGACACCCAUCCUUUCGAAACAACCUAUUGUGGUGAUCCCUUCCAAGGUGGAAGCCGAAACAGAAGCACCAAUCGACAAACGGUUAGCUGGAACGAAAGACGAAGACAUAGACGGAAGCAGAGCAAGCUCUAGGCGUGGCUCUAUUCAGGAUAGUGCGGAUGGAGAAGCCGACGCUGAAGACUCGGGCAGUGAGCUCAGUGACCUUGAGGACCUGGACGAAGAAAAGAAGCACAUGCUGGAAGAGUACGAAAUUUCCAGGGACAAUGUGGACGAUGUAGGCGAGGACGGGGCCGAGGAUGCUGUCGACGAUGCCGCUGAAGAUAACGACGGCACAGAAGAUGACGACGAGGAAAUGCAUGAUGCAGAAGACGAAAUCGAAAUUCCAGACUCGCAGGAAAAUAUCGACCAGGAUGCACCAGAAAAUAAAGGCAGCCCCGGCAACGACGAAGAACAAGAAUUUCAUGAAGCACGAGAAGAACACGACGACACAGUGGACUAG